AUGCCAAUGCUCAAAGAUCCCUCGAAGAAAUACAGGCGCUUCAAGCCUGUCCACCUCCCUAACCGUCAAUGGCCCGAUAAGGUUAUCGAAAAGGCUCCCCGGUGGCUGGCCACCGACCUGAGAGAUGGCAACCAGAGUUUGCCGGAUCCAAUGGAUGGAGAGCAAAAGUUCCGUUUCUUCCAGAAGCUCGUCGAGAUUGGUUACAAGGAAAUCGAGGUUUCGUUCCCCGCCGCCUCGCAAACAGAUUUCGACUUCACCCGUCGAUUGGUCGAGACCCCCGGUGUUGUUCCCGACGAUGUUUGGCUUCAGGUCCUGGCCCCCUGCCGUGAGGAUAUCAUCCGGCGCACAGUCGAGUCCCUCAGGGGCGCAAAGAAGGCAAUUUUGCACAUUUACUUGGCCACCAGCGAAUGCUUCCGCCGCAUUGUGUUCAAUACCAGCAAGGAACAGAGCUUGGAGAUUGCUGUCCGCUGCACCAAGUUCGCUCGCUCCAUCACCAAGGACGACCCAUCCAUGGCCGGCACCGAAUGGCACUUUGAAUUCUCCCCCGAAACCUUCUCCGACACCGAGCCUGAAUAUGCGGCGCAAGUCUGCGAGGCAGUCAAGGCUGCUUGGGAACCCACAGAGGACGCCCCCAUCAUCUUCAACCUUCCCGCGACAGUAGAGAUGACGACCCCGAACGUUUUCGCCGACCAAAUCGAAUACUUCUGCUCGCAUAUGACCGAAAGAGAAAAAUAUGUUGUUUCUGUACAUCCGCACAACGACCGUGGCUGUGCCGUCGCAGCAGCAGAAUUGGCUCAGAUGGCUGGUGCUCAGCGUGUUGAGGGUACUUUGUUCGGAAAUGGCGAGAGAACCGGUAAUGUUGACCUGGUUACUCUUGCGCUGAACCUGUACACCCAAGGAGUCACCCCUAAUGUUGACUUCUCGGAUCUCAACUCCGUCAUCCAGCUUGUGGAGGAGAGCAACAAGAUUCCCGUCAACGAGCGGUGGCCAUAUGGUGGUCAGCUUGUCGUCUGCGCCUUCAGUGGCAGUCACCAGGAUGCCAUCAAGAAGGGAUUCAAGCUGCGUGAGGACGGUACAAAGGGUGGCGAAGAGCCUAAGUGGGAGAUCCCCUACCUCCCUCUCGACCCCGAGGACAUUGGACGUAACUACGAGGCAGUCAUUCGUGUCAACUCUCAGAGUGGUAAGGGUGGUACCGCCUGGGUCAUCCUGCGUUACUUGGAGCUGGAUCUCCCUCGUGCUCUGCAGGUUGAGUUUAGUAAGGUCGUCCAGAGAGAAACCGAAACUGUCAGCCGGGAGCUGCAACCCAAGGAGAUUGUAAACCUCUUCCAAGAGUCAUACCACCUCAAGAGCAACCCGCGCUUCAACCUGGUCGACUACAACAUCACCACCGACCGGUCAACUUCGCCCGCACCGCCAGAGCCCGGUAAGGCGCUCAACACCAAGAACCUCAAGCGUCGCUUCACCGGUAUUAUUGAGAUCGAUGGCGUCCAGCAUGCCAUUACCGGUGUCGGUCCAGGUGCCAUCUCUUCCCUGGCCACCGCCCUCUCCUCCUUGGGCAUUGACCUCGACGUUGUCGACUACAAGGAGCACUCGAUUGGUAAGAAGGUUGGAGAUGACAAGGCUGGUAGAGAUGUCAAGGCCGCUACAUAUAUUCAGUGCACAGCGGCUGGCAGCAAGGAGACGGUCUGGGGUGUUGGUAUCCACCAGGAUGUUGUCCAGGCCAGUUUAAUUGCCCUUCUCAGCGCUGCUAGCUCGUUCCUUACAUCGCGUGCUGGCUCUCCUGCCCCUUUCCGUCCUAUCCGCUCCCACGAUCUGACAAGCGAGGAUCUCGCGGCUCUCGAUCAACUCACCGGCUCGAAUAACGCUGCGGUUGAAGUUGCUCCCGAUGGCACCACCAAACCCAAGGUCGAUAUCGAGGAGCUGACAAGACAGGCCGAUGCCCAGUAA